UGCCUCCUGGAAAACUGGGAUCCUCAGGCCGGACUAGCCGGUAAGGUUGUCACUCCCCGUCCACUCCUGCGGGACAGGGGGCCCUGGGCGUCCAGUCCACAGCAUCCAGGGUCUCCGGCCCAGCUCCGCUGUGCCCAGCCUGCAGCCCCCCUUGCCCACAAGAUGAUCCGGACCCCCGCCCGGGCCCUGGGGAGCCGCAGACUCACCCUGGCUCACACUACAACCUCAGCAAGAAAUUGGCUGCGGGGCUUCCACAUGCACGUCCAUCCGACGGUGCGGGAAGCCCUGACACUGGGAAAGCCCGUGGUAGCCCUGGAGAGCGCCAUCGUGACCCACGGAAUGCCGUAUCCCCGGAAUCUGAGCGUGGCCCGAGCCGUCGAGGAGAUCGUGAGGACUCAGGGGGCCGUGCCGGCCACCGUGGGCGUGCUGGAUGGCAGGAUCCACGUCGGCCUCGGCGACCCCGAGCUGCGGGCCUUGGCGGAGAGGGAGGGGACGCUCAAGGUGUCCCGCAGGGACCUUCCCUACGUACGGAGCCAGGGCCUGUCCGGGGGCACCACCGUAUCGGCGACUAUGAUCGUGGCGAACAAGGCCGGGAUCCCCGUGUUUGUGACCGGAGGCAUCGGAGGCGUACAUCGAGAGGGAGAGAAGACCCUGGACGUGAGCGCUGACCUGACGGAGCUGGGCCGCACGCCCGUGGCUGUGGUUUCCGCCGGCGUCAAGUCGAUCUUGGACAUCGGCCGGACGCUGGAGUAUCUGGAGACUCAGGGGGUCUGCGUGGCGGCUUUUGGGGAGUCCCGGGAUUUCCCUGCCUUCUUCUGCCGCAAAAGCGGUUUCCAAGCCCCCUACCACGUGCCGACCGAGAAGGAAGCAGCCAAGCUCAUCGCCGGGGCUCUGGAGCUGGGCCUGGGCAGUGGCGUGCUGAUUGCCGUACCCGUCCCGCCAGAUCAAGCUGCGUCCGCGCAGGAGAUCGAAGAAGCCAUCCAACGGGCUCUGGGCGAGGCCAGGGUGAACGGGAUCGUGGGAAAGGAAUUGACGCCGUUUGUGCUCCGGAGGGUGAAUGAACUGAGCGGUGGCAAGUCCCUUGAAUCCAACAUGGCUCUGAUCCAGAACAACGCCAGAGUGGGCAGCCGAAUCGCCGUGGCCCUGAGCCAGCUCCAGAUGGCACCCGGUGGGGGGAACGAUGGAGGAGGGAGGAGGGCGCGGGGGGCCGCCCAGCCCGCCCAGCCGGUGGUCGUAGGAGGCAUCAACGUUGACUUCAUAGCGAAGCCGAAGAGCGGGCCCCUACAGGCGGAUGGCCAGACCCACCCUGGGAAGGUGAUCCAGUCCUUCGGGGGUGUCGGACGUAACCUGGCAGACUGCCUGAGUCGGCUGGGGUGGUCGCCCCUGUUCAUCUCCGCGCUGGGCAAGGAUGCACUUUCUCAGUCCGUGCUGCGCUACUGCAGCCACAUGGACAUGGGAGGGGUGGCCCAGCUGGAGGGGCACAGCACGGCCACCUACUGUGCCGUGGUCUCGGGCAGCGGGAAGCUCACCGUCGGCCUCGGAGACAUGGACGUCCACGAGCAGAUCACCCAGCAGCGGGUGUCCGCGUUCGAGGACCGCCUGCUCCGGGCCCCGCUCCUCUGCUUCGACGGGAACCUUCCGCUCGCCACCAUCCGCUACCUGUGCGACCUGGCCAGGGAGCACCGCAUUCCCGUGUGCUUUGAGCCCACGGAUGAGAACGAGGCCUCGAAGCCGUUCCUGUCGGACAGCUGGACGGCUCUGACCUACGCCUCUCCCAACCUGCGGGAACUGAGGGCCAUCGCCCGGGCGCUCGGGCACCCCGGCCCCGCAGAGGACACCCGAGGGACUGUUCGCGACCCACUACCCGGCACUCCCGGUCCCGGCCGCCGAGAUCGUCAACGAACUUGGAGCCGGAGACAGCUUUCUGGGGGGGAUGCUGGCGGGGCUGCUCUCCGGCCUCGGGACGGGCCCCUGCGUGGGCCUGGGGAUGCUGGCGGCCGGCUUCUCCCUGCGUUCCCCCUGGCCCAUCUCCCCACGGAUCAGCACCACCACCGUGAACCCGGAGCGGAUGAGGUCGGGCCACUGGCCGGAGCCACGCACCUGGAGGAUCGACUAGGGCUACCGUCGCGAGGAGGACAGUCGCCCCAUCGGGCCCCCAUCCUGACCCUUCCGGCUACCUCGGCCGGGGUCCCGAGACCCGGACCAGGCCCACCCCUCACUGUCUGGGGCAGGCAGAGGCCUCCGCCGGUUGCGCCGGGCCCCUUCUCGAUCCAUCAAUCAAUCAAUCAUAUUUAUUGAGCGCUUACUGUGUGCAGAGCACUGUACUAAGCGCUUGGGAAGUACAAGUUGGUGCCCAUUUGUCCCAGUCGGGGGGACGGAGAAAGGUAGUCCACAGUUCCCUCGGGACCCCCUUGCACUAACUUGAACUCAGCUGUCAGGAUGAGCAGCUGCUCUUUCCAUUCCUUCUCCUUGAUCCCAUUCCGUUCUCUCCUCCUCCGUUUCUUCUUCUUUCGGCUUCCCUCGGGAUCCCCCCUCCACCUGCCAUCACUUAACUUCUCUGAGUCUCAGUUCCCUCAUCUGAGAAGCAGCGUGGCUCAGUGGAAGGAUC